UUUCCACCCCGUGGCUACUCUCCUCCUACCUACCGCACAUACACGUGGUUUGGUAUCAAGCACAACAGAGCUAAAUAUUUAAUUAUAUUUUUCGAGGGUCCAAUUCAUCCGGUACGGGAACACAAUGGCCGACACAGUGCAGACGACGGCGGCCGAGAAGGAUCUCGGCCAAACGACGGGUGCUGCGACUCAUAAUGGCGUCAACCCGGUGCACCGCGGCUACGACCCCCGGAACCCGAUGGCCAACAUCCACACCGACGACCAGGCCCGGCUACCCGCCUUCGGUGGUGAGUUCCAGCCCGGUCUCUACCGGUCGGUCGAGGCGCGCAAGUUCGCCAACCCGGCGCCGCUCGGCCUCUGCGCUUUCGCCCUCACGACUUUCGUGCUCUCGGCUAUCAACAUGAACGCGCGUGACAUCUCUGCGCCCAACGUCGCCGUCCCUCUCGCUUUUGGCUAUGGCGGUCUUGUCCAGCUUCUAGCCGGCAUGUGGGAAAUGGCUGUCGGCAACACCUUCGGUGCUACCGCGCUCUCAUCCUACGGCGGUUUCUGGAUCGCCUACGCCAUCUUGUUGACUCCCCACUGGAACAUCACGGGCCCCGGUGGGCCGUACAGGAACGAGGCGACCGAGGCCAUCGACCCCAACAUGGCUGACUCGGCAGUCGGUCUCUUCCUGACGGGCUGGUUCAUCUUCACCACGAUCCUGCUGCUGUGCACGCUGCGCUCGACCGUCAUGUUCUUCAUGCUCUUCUUCACCCUCGACCUCGCCUUCCUCAUGCUUGCCUGCGGCCACUACGCCAUCGACAACGGCGUCCCCGACGUCGCCAAGAGGCUCACCCAGGCUGGUGGCGGCUUUGGCAUGCUUGCAGCGUUUUUGGCUUGGUACAAUGCCUUUGCUGGUAUUGCCGACAGCAGCAACUCGUUCUUCCUCAUCCCCGUCUUCCACUUCCCGUGGUCCGAGAAGGGUCGCGAGGCCAGGCUCGCCAAGACGGCCAGCCGCACUGCUGCUUAGACGGCCUGAGACCGGUGUGCUUUUGGUUUACUGUUCGGGACGUUGAUUUUUGGCUUGGAUUGCGUGUGUUUUUUUUUGUGUGAGCGGGAUCCGCAACCACUCAUCAAACUGCGUACCCCGUGAAGGAGGCGACAUAUGGUCCAUGCAUACCCCGUAUCGCUCUUCUUUCGACGCGGCGCAAUUGUGGGGUGCGGAUCUGGGAAACCAGCAUCGUGGAGUGGAUCAAAUGCGAGAGAUAUCCGCUGUAAUUUUAUUAUACCAACAAAAGAGAGACGGGCUUGUGGUUUCCCCCCGCGC